AUGGUAAGUGCAGAUCCAGAUGUGUUACAGGAUUACUGUCUAGCGGAUACCAAAUCCUCUGCAAUUUUCAUAAAUGGGUUGCCUUGUCUGAGCCCGAACGAAACCUCUGCAAAGCACUUUACUACGUCGGCUCUGGGCAGCCCAGCAAAUACAUCGGGCAGCAUAUACGGGUUUGGAGGGACACUUACAAAUGCACAGAUGUUGCCGGGCAUCAAUACGCUGGGAAUUUCAAUCGCUCGGGCAGAUCUUGAGGUGGGUGGGCAGGUUCCCCUUCAUACACGCCCGAGAGCCACUGAAAUUGUUUACAUAUUGCAAGGAAAAUUGGUGGCUGGGUUCGUGAAUAGUUCAAACAAGUUGUUCUCUCAUACUGUGAAAGCUGGUGAUGUGUUUGUGUUUCCCAAGGGGACUCUUCAUUUUGUUCACAACAUUGGUGGCACUCAUGCGAGUUUGAUAGCUGCGUUUAACAGUCAAAAUGGAGGGGUCGCUGUUACUCCAAUGAUUACACUUGCUGCGAAUCCAGGGAUUCCCCCUGAGGUUCUGAGCAAGGCGUUCCAGAUUAGUUCGAAAGAUGUGAAGAAAAUCAGAAAGGGUCUUGGUGGGAAUUGA